UACCAUCAACGUCCGCCGGAUAUCAUAGUUCCUAAUAUCAACUCAUUUCCCCUUAAACUACACUUACUAAAUCAUGUCUGAUAAAUGAUUAACAGCCAUUCUGCGCGUCCUGACCAAUCCGUGUUUUUUUUUUCAUCGGUAGACCUUGUCGAAAAAACCCUUGACUCCCCUGGGCACAUGAAACUGGACACCCGAGCUUUCGAGGCCCCUCUUUUCCACGCGGAGGAAUACAUUGUUGCUGCUCACAAUGUGGAUGGAGGUGGUCAAGAUGUCUACUAGAAGAAAGAAUUCACCUCAAUUGUAACAACAUAAAGGAAGUCGUGGCACGGGAUUGUUUGGAUACAGACCUGCAACACUGUAUUUAUGACGUUGGUGUUUUUGUAGGAGGAUGUCAAAGGAGUAAAAACACACAUGGUUGCUCCUCUCCGCUUUUAAUGCGCCGUGCUGCAAAUUCUUUCAAGUUUUAUUGUUUUUCCCUGCGAGAUUCAACCUUUCUUUUUGACUGUUGGAUGUAAAACAACCGAUAAACAGAGGGUUCUUUAAAGACAGAGGGUUAUGAACGAGCCUCACCAGAGAAUGGCUACAGUGGGAACAGAUAAAGAACUCAGUGACCUGUUGGAUUUCAGUGCGAUGUUUGCACCCCCUGUGGCUAAUGGGAAGAACAGACCAACCACACUUGCUAGCAGUCAAUUUAGUGGUUCAGGUAUGGAAGAGCGUAGUAGUCCCUGGGCUGCUGGAGAGCAGAACAGUCCCUCUUUUAACCAGAACUAUGGAGAAGGCUCACACUACAAUGAACACGAUGGACUAUCUUCCCCAUUCCUUGGCACAGGAGUUAGUGGAAAGAAUGAAAGGGGGCCUUACUCUUCCUUUGGGGGCCAGCCUGGGUUCCUGCCCUCAGACAUCGCCAUGCCUUCUUCAGAUGCCAUGUCUCCAUCCGGACUGAAGCCCGGCUCACAGUUUUACCAGUCAUACCCCAGCAACCCCCGGAGACGCCCCUCAGAUGGAAGCAUGGAACCCCAACCAAAAAAGAUCAGGAAGCCACCAGGACUGCCAUCAUCAGUUUAUGCCGCCACCUCUGGUGAUGACUAUAUCCGAGAUGGUGCUGCCUACCCAGGCUCCAAACCUGGCUCUGUGUACCCAGGAUCUUUUUACAUGCAAGAGGGCCUACACUCCUCUUCGGACCCCUGGGCCCCCUCUGUAUCCAUAGGCCAAUCGGGAUACACGGCUAUGAUGGGGAAUUCGCCACACAUCAGUCAGCCAGGCACAUUCUCUGCAAUAAACCCACAAGACCGAAUGAACUAUCCCUUGCACGGAGCGGACGUGAAUGGUUUCCAUUCGGGCUCCGCAGCCUAUAGCCACACAUCCGCCAUGAAUGGAUCCGACAGCAUUUUGGCAAGCAGAGGUUCAGUCACAAGCAGCUCAGGUGAUGAGAUCGGAAAAGCUCUUGCUUCGAUCUAUCCUUCGGACCACAACAGCAACAACUUCUCCACUCCUUCCACUCCUGUGGGCUCCCCUCAGGGCAUUGCAGCAGGUGCAGCACAGUGGCCGAGAGCUUCUGGUCAGGCUGCGCUCUCUCCUAACUAUGAGGGAGGACUACAUGCACUGCAGAACAAAAUGGAAGACCGGCUGGAGGAGGCCAUCCAUGUGCUGCGAAGUCAUGCGGUGGGUCAGUCCCCGGGAAUUCCCCGAGCCCAUGCUGACGUGCACGGCCUACUGGGUGCCGUCUCCACAUCCAGUGGAUCUAUCGGGGGUCUCCCUCAGGCCUACUCCAACCCAGGACUACCCCUGAGCAACAGACACCCUGCCAUGGCUGGAAGCCAUCAAGAUGACCGUGCCUGCCUUCCUCCCAGCAGCACCCUGUUGCAGUCCACUCAUGCUUCAGACACCCCACAGCCUGGAGGAGCACCAGAGGGUUUUAGCAGUUUGCCCGGAGGCUUGGCCCCCGCCACGCAUCCCUCAAACAAAUCUGACAUUAAGAGUGAAGACAAGGAGGACGAUGAGAACUCCUCUGUGGCCGAUAAGUCUGAGGAAGAGAAGAAGGAAAGUAAACCAUCUCGCACCAGAACAAGAAAGGAGGUGUUUACCCAUCAAGUCCUUUCAGGUCUAUCAGACCAGGGAGAAGAUCUAGACAAUGAAGACGAUGAGGAUUUGCCGCCAGAGUUAAAGGUGGAGCGGGAGAAAGAGCGGCGAGUGGCCAACAACGCACGAGAGCGACUGCGCGUGCGUGACAUCAACGAGGCCUUUAAAGAGUUGGGCCGCAUGUGCCAGCUGCACCUGAGCAACGAUAAACCCCAGACCAAACUGCUCAUCCUGCACCAGGCCGUCAACGUGAUCCUAAACCUGGAGCAACAAGUCCGUGAACGCAACCUGAACCCAAAAGCGGCAUGUCUGAAGCGACGUGAAGAGGAGAAAGUGUCCGGGGUGGUAGGAGACACUCAAAUGCAGCUGUCCGGACCGCAUCCAGGACUGGGAGGAGAUGGCCGCAUGUGAUCAUGUGAUCAGUGAAAUUUCUUGGGGCUCCUGGAAGAAGUGACCUUGAAUCUCUUCCACCGUUCUCAUCCUCUCUGUGUGCAUCUAGUGACUUCCACGAAAUCAGAGAUGCACCCUCCAACCAACCUUUUGGACACACGAAUCGACCCACCAAAACUGACACAGCAGAUUUUGUCCGUGAUCACUCUAGACCGCAAUUACCAGCAAAAAUGUGAAAAACUUUCUCAGCUCAUUUUGUAUUUUUCUGCUUCCAUAAAACAAAGGAUCAUAGGAAUAGACAUGUUCUGACCACAACUGACGUUUUUUUUUUUCACUGCAGAAAGAGAGUUUUGAACAAGAGAUGAGAAAGACGUCAGUUUAAUCAUGGAUUUGUGCCUAAUUGUUACGUUUUAUAAAAGACGCAAACUGCUUACUUGUACGGAACAAAAAAAGUUUGGGAGUUGGUUGUAUAUGAGGAUUUUUUUUGUUUUUGUCAUUCCCUUCUGAAAGGUACAGUCUUACAUGCGUUGUGUAACCAAACCCCAAGAGAGGGGCGAACCUGUGGUGCUUUUGAGGACGGCAUAUCCCAGCAUGCCACUGCUCUGUGGGCCAGGGCUCUUCUGGAAAGGGAGAAAAGCACACGGGCCAUCGCAGCUCUCCAGACUGUUUUAUCUUUUUGGAAACAUCACGAAUCAUCAGCUCUCACGAUGCCAUUGACUAGUUCAGCCAAUCAGAAGAACCCGCAUCAUAAAGGAGCGUGAGCUUCUGUCACUUUGACAACAAUUGCUUGGAUUGCAUUGCGUUCCCAGGCACAGAAUUGCCAAGUUGAUCUUCAACUUCUUUAUUUUAAUUUUAUUUUCUCUUGCCAGAACAUGUUCAUCACUCGCUUGCACCGUUUCAUUGUUGCCAAAAGUCUGAAAGCGUACACAUGUCCACCUCACACAUAUGUAAUGGAUAUUAUUUCAAUUUGAGGGAAAAAAAAAAGUAAGAAUAUAUAUAUAUAAAUAUAUAUAUUUUUGUUAGUCUAUACAUUGUAGAUUUCUAAAUAACAAAAACGUAUUCACUUAAAAUGUGGAGAGUCUAUAGCGCAAGUGAACGCUAAAGAGACGCGUCGUACGAUUGAAAAACGAAACAAAACCCCACUUAUAUUUUCACAAAUGUAAGCUUUGGGUGAGGCGACCCAUUGUUACUUUUAUCCCAAAUGCCCCCUGAUAGCACUACGCUAACGAAGAAAAUAUAAAGAGAAUUGAUAAUGAAGGUUCGGGCCGCGUCGAGGUUUAAAUCCUCGCAAUAAUUUCCCGAUUUCAGGGACCCGUACGUCAACAGAAGUGUUCUUAGGCAAAGGUGUUCAGUGUUCACCAUCAUUUCAGUCUUGCCAAUGCACAUAAUGCAACCUGUUUGAAUGUAAUAUUCAAAUGUACGCACUCUCACGUCUCCAUAAGACUGGCUUACUGUGAGUUUAGUUGAUACAUACGGUCAUUUCAAAGUGUACGUCUCAAUUUUUCGUUGUGUGCGCGAGAUAAUGUUCCCCAGUGGUUUGAAUUAUGUAUGUAGGAAAGAAGUGGUGAUAUAACAUGUAAUUGUCCACAAUGUCCACAAUGGAUAUGAUUCUUGAGUAAUAACAUUUCACCGUAAGGGGGAUACUGGACUUAGGUUGUCCUAAAGUAUAAUGGAAACAUAAUAUAAAUUCUUGAUAAAGAUAAAAAGUUGUUGAACAUUUAUAUAUCGUGGCCUUCUUAUUCUCAAGACUGUCAUUUUUGAGAGUGAUGCCUUGUCAGUGCCUAAACUUACUUUCAUUUCGAAAUGCAAAAAUGUCCUUUUGGUUUAGUUUUUCUUUUCUGAAAGCAUCGUUGUAGUAUUUAAUCUGUAAUUUAGAAACCUUGUAGACUUUCAUCCUCAUUAUUAUGCUGUGUGUGCGCACCUUCUUUGGCAAUUUUAGGAUUCUCGUUCCGGUCAUCUUUGAAUCGACUAGGUUUUUGCUUUCAAGACGCUAGUGUCCUGUGAUUUGUGAAGGACACGAGAAAAUCGAAGGAUUUUUGUUGAUCCAUCAGUUGGGGGCCGGAAACACUGACUGUUUUGAGUGAUUCUCGAUUCUUUCAGCGGAUACUAUCUGAAAUGAGUGUUCAUUUUGAAAACAUCUAAAAAAUAUUUGAGUGCUGGACUUGUUUUUGCUUCUCGCUUAAUGCUUUUAGAUGCUGAAGGAGGGUUAUCGUGUCAUCAAAGAUUCUCCUGCCUGAAAUGACUUUCUUUUUAUCCCUGAAGCAUCGUCUCUUGAAUGUCCAACUGAGUGAACAUUCAUCGUGUACCGAAGUAAGAUUGCUGCCCAUGAUUUCCAUCAGAAUUGGAGUAGGGACAUGAACAAUACUGCUGUUGUGUCUUCAGAGUGCCUCCGGUUUUUUGUCAUUAUACAUUUUUUUUUUGUCUUUGUUUUUUAUAAAUAUAUAAAUAUAUAUAUAAAGUAGGUAUUGAGAACUGUCCUGUAUAUAACAGUAAUGUAGCAAUAAAUGUGCCAUUUUUAAAUAACAGAAUUAUACUUUUUUUUUUUCAAUGUCUUGCAUUGGAUCUUGUAUACCUUCAAAUGAGUUAAAUAAAAAAACCUUGUAAUAAACGUC